UCCUGGGCUCGCCUCCUUCUCGAAGGCGAUCAAUCGGAUCUCAGGCGUACUACAAGCACUCUCUUACGUAGCCAUCCACAAGAAGAGAGCUGAUACAACACUGUUGAUCUGCUCCACCAAAAUCUACCUGUGCGCUUACUGAACCAUGUCGUUGAGCCCAAAGCAUACAACGCCUUUUUCAGUGACAGAUAUUUUGAGCCCAAUUGAGGAGACCUACAAGAAGUUUAGUGGCAUGGAUAGUACAGGGAACCUCGCCUCUCCGCUGGGAGCUUACCGACAACCUCAGGUGUCACAGACUGGCAUGCAGCAGCACUCUAUGGGCCACAAUGCCACUGUGGCAACGACCUACCACAUGCCACACAGUGUAUCCCAAUUUUCGCACAGUGCAAUGGGAGGCUAUUGCAAUGGGAGCAUUGGGAACAUGGGAGACCUCCCGUCCUACCAAGAAACCAUGCGAAAUAGCGCUGCAGCAACAGGGUGGUAUGGUGCAAAUCCAGACCCAAGAUACUCAACAAUUUCUAGAUUCAUGGGACCUUCCACAGGUAUGAACAUGACCGGGAUGGGGACGCUGACGGGCAUGACCGACGGAUCCAAAUCUAUGCCAACUCUCCAUGCUGCGCCCCGGCGUAAACGACGGGUGCUCUUUUCGCAGGCACAGGUAUAUGAACUGGAGAGGAGGUUUAAACAACAGAAAUACCUGUCAGCCCCGGAGAGGGAACACCUGGCCAGCAUGAUUCACCUCACACCGACCCAAGUCAAAAUAUGGUUCCAGAAUCACAGGUAUAAAAUGAAACGACAGGCCAAGGACAAAGCUGCGCAGCAGCUCCAACAAGAUAACAACCUUUGCCAACAGCAGCAGUCCCCCCGGCGAGUGGCUGUUCCAGUGCUCGUAAAGGAUGGUAAACCCUGUCAGAAUGGCUCAAACACACCGACGCCGAACCAACAACAGCAGCAGCAGCAACAACAGAACAGCUCGGGAGUCGUGCUUGUCGCAUCUAGUAACGCUAUGAACCAGCACCAAAACCAACAGGUCAAUGCUUUAGUUCAAGCGCAAGACCUGGAGGAAAUGUCACCAAGCCCUCCCUCUCUUCACAGCCAGAUGAACAGCAUGGCUCAAAUGGACACUUCCGCUGUAGAUUAUACAAAUAACAUGGUCAGUUCAAAUUUGCUCUAUGGCAGAACGUGGUAGUACUGAUCAUAAUAUUUCCUAAAUAUAUCUACUGAAAACAUUAAGCUGGAAAAGGCCAAAAGCAGAUGAAACAUAUCAGGCUGAACUAUCUGGUGAGGACAAUGUAUACCCAACGCGUGACAACGGACAUUAUUCACUUGUAUGGGGGCAUUUUUAAGUAAGACAAUUUUUGACCUUUACUUGACACUGGAGAGGCAAGGUGUUUCUGAACUUGUGAACCGAUUUUGGACUUCCCUUUAAUGCUAACGUAGAAUGUUGUUGAAUGCGAAUGCUGCUCCUUACUCAGCAAUGUUACUCCUUACGGGAAGAUAGCUGAGUAAGAGAUCAGGUAUGAAGUUUUGAUAAUGUAUCACGCGGCGUGACCCUCGCGCCAGACGCCUAAUCAUCGAUGUAAUGGUUAUUGUAAACUAAUGUAUUCAAAUAGAAGUUAAAGUAGGAAUUGUAUAUUUGGCUAACACUGCUUUUACCUGUAAUAUAAUUGUUUUGAAUAAUUUUGUUUUAUUCUCCAUUUUGUAAGUUAAGAUAAACAAAUCAACCAAUUCAAACAACCAACAAAUACCUGAUGGCUGCUGUAUAUGUUUCAAACAAAUUGAACGUUACAAUAAAUCACUUGAAGUGCAAGAUAUCCCGAGGACUUAAUUUGUGUGAAGAUCUAUUUGAAGUAGGUUUAUUAAGAUGUGAUCGGUAAUAAAUUGAAUUGGAAAGCAAGGUUGAAUGAGGUUUACCCAGUGCUAGUAAUUUCAGUGAGAGAGAAUUAUAGGCUACUGAAAUGUAGCCCACCCAAUUGCGGGAUAUAUAAAUAACAUGGAAAUACAGAGAAACAUUUUGGAAGCCAACCAAACAGUGUUUUAGUUGUUAAUUAUUCCAAUUUACAGUAAAUUAAUAAUGUGAGUGUUUUGGGUGCCCUAUUAUUUAGUUUUUCGUGAAUUGUUUGCUGUACACCCAGACAAAGCAUACAAAUAUCCAGAACUAACAUUUCUCCGGUUAGUCUUUUUUUGUUAUGGACAUUAUACAGAAAGUAUGAACUAAAACGCGGCAAAGGUAAAUAUUGAAUAAAAUAUCCGUAUCAUUCAACACUGGUCAAAUAUUAAAUCCAAUGAACUAUGACAGCUUCAAAUGUGUGCUCUUUUUGCAACGGAAUUACUUUUAACUGUUAAAGUCAAAUGAACCAAGUCAGGAUACAGUCAUGACGUUUACAUAAUUUUGUAUGCAAUUUAUCAGUACGGUAAUGGGUAGACUAUUUCACGCGCAACAUUGAUUUCAAGGUUAUAUGCAACAAAGAAUAUCUGUAUUUUUUUUUAUUUGUAUGACCACGUUAAGGCUAUACACAAUUACAUUGCCAACUUUAGUGCUGCAUAGACAUAUUGGAUUUUUUGUUUUUAGUAGCCUAAAUAUCUGUCUUUGAAGGACAACUCACCAAAAACCCUAUAUCAGUUCUGAACAUUACCUUACCACAUAAAAUGUGAUUGUUGGUUGUGGAUGAAAAUAUUUUCAUGGCACCUAAUCCAACAAAUCCUCACUUAUUUGAAAUCAUGCUUUAGGCCUAAGUGUUAAAUGUGGCAUUCUGCACUGCAUUCAGCCACAACUUUUCCUGGUUUGCAAAUUAUUCAGUGAUUUGGUCUUGCGGACAAGUGUUAAAAUGUUUGUAGAGAAAACAGCAAGUGAGACCCUCAGUGUCAUCAUCAAUGAUGCAUUACCCUUUACAACUACUUGUUAUAAAGAAACCUUGAAACAAGCAAUUGCGUUGAAUGAAUUGUUUAAGUGAAUUAUAUGUUGAACAGCAAUGUCUGAUGGGGAAAGUAAGAUUUAACCAAGAGAACAUUUCCCAUUUCAACCUUGUCCACAGCUGAGACUCCAUUUGAUACUUUAGUCUGUAAAAUAAGUGCUGUAUAGCUCCAUUACCAGCCCUUGAAAUCAUUACAGCAAAUGUGAUAUGGCAUAUAUGGGGGAUAGUUACUCUUGCUGUUGACUAGAAUUAUUGAUGUAAUACUUAAGGUUCAAUGGAAUGCUAAAUUAUGUGCCAUAGAAAAAUGAACCUCUUAAUUUAUUUGGAAAUUAAAUCUGCCAUACAUUGAUUGCAUCUGGCAUGCAAACUUUGAUCUUUGUGAAGUCCAGUGGAACUCCAGUCUGGACUGAAGUCAUUACAGGGCUCGACAGCCUCUUUUUCCACUCAGAGAACACAUAGAUUGAAAAUGUUGUCUGGCUGCACUUGUAAAAGGUCAGUUGGUCAUUAUAAAAUGGCCUGCAUCUGAUGGCAGUCAUGUCCACGUUUUUGGAGCCAGCACCUUUGAAACCAUGCGUUAACCUAGGGCCACCUGAUUCUAUGAUACAACAUGGCAACACUGUUGUGGAGAUGAAUGUGUUGCCAGAUUGCACCAGAAUAACAUGGUGCUGCAAGCGGUAUCUGUGCUUAAAUAACAGAUCAUUAGCUUUCCCUGGCCCCAUCUUUUUGUGUGUGGUUGUUCAGUGUACUGAAACAAGCUCUCUCCCCCUGGCUUAAGCUGAAGUAGCUACUUGGUGUAGCACCUUGAUGGCGGUGUCCUAUCCUAUAGUUACAUUUUAUUUUAAAUCAUGCUUGAACUGUGGCGACAAAAUAUUUUCCCCUGUCUCCAUACAAAAAAGUUAUGUUAAUGUACAGAUAUUUCCAAACAGUAUUAAACUUCUAGCUCUACAUGGAGAACUUGGCUAGCAUCAGAGCCAGUUGUUACUUAAAAAUGCCCAGUUAUAAUCCAGACUAGAAUAUAACUUAAAAAUUGAUUAUGUGUGACCUUUUUUACUCAUCAAAGUGAAGAAUGUAUUAUCCAUGUGUGUAUAUGCUGUCAAAACUUAUUUCAUACCUAAUGUAGCAACAUCUGGUUUUGGCCAGUGUAAUGAAAUGAAUUUAACCAACUGAUAUUUUGCAACUGUGGUGAAUUCACACA